UUCAAGAUCGUCCGGUAGAGACGAGGAACGCGUGACUCUCGUGUUGACUCUCGCUUGAGUCGACGUUACGGAUUCGUACGUUUACGUUAGUGUUGACGUCCCGCGCGAACAGAAACGUCGAGAAUCCGUUGCUCGGAAUUCGAGGUUUACUUAAACGUGCUUAUUACACGCGAGUGCAGCCACAAGUGAAGCGACUGUCUGCGGCUCGUUGAUUAACGUUCAAAUCUAGUUACCAAACUUUGACGUACCGCGAUCUUUGACCGCGUCAGUCUGACGGUGACGUUUAGUCAUCGCUCGAACAAACGCAAAUUCAAACUCAACCGAGAGCCGCUAUCAGCAGACAGCCUCCCAGCCUCAUACUCCUGCACCACCGUCCGUCGUCCACGAGCGUUCUUAUCUUCUCACCAAACUUCAACUCCGACUUUUGACUGCCUGCGUUUUCACGCUGCCGAUUACGCCCUCACGUUUUCAGACUCAGCGAUCCGAGGGCCGACUCAACGUUCUCUGCUUCCUGAAAAGAGAUCCCAGAGAUGGCGAUGGAAGCAUCAGCAAUGGUAGUGGACUACCUGGUCUUCGCCGUUUGUAUUAUUGCCUCCUUCCUCAUACCCUUGUGGGGAAGAUUCCGUGCAAAAAAGAAGGAAACGAAAGCUGACUACGUGUUUGCGACUGGAACUGUCUCCAUGGCGGCCAUGAUGUUGUCCAUAGCAAGAGGAACACUUGGAGUUCGCUCCUUUCUCGGAUAUCCUUCCGAGCUCUACUACCGAGGCAGCGCGAUGUGGGAGACACUCUACGGAAUGGUGUUGGCAUAUCCCAUUGUCUGUUUCAUUUUUGUACCAGUUUACUACAACCUUGGCAUCACUUCUGUGUACCAGUACUUGGAUAUGAGGUUCAAUUCUAAAAUGGUGCGCUGUCUUGCCAGCUUCUCCUACGUUAUUCGUAGUCUGCUGAACUUGGCAGUGACUGUGUUCACUCCGUGCGUAGCCCUGAAGACGGUCAUCGGACUUCCUUAUUGGGCCAGCAUCGUUGCCAUCACGAUGAUCGCUGUUGUGUUCACUGUCAUGGGUGGGCUAAAGGCUGCCAUUUUGAGUGACGUCAUUCAGGGGUUAACGAUGAUUGCCAUCUGCCUUGCUAUGAUAAUGCAAGGUGUCUUCGACGUGGGUGGAGUUGGCGCUGUAGUGAAUAUUACCGCCGAAAGAGGACGUCUCGAUUUCUUCGACUUCAAUCUGGACCCUACUGUACGUGUGGCUACGGUUUCAGCUGUGGUAGGACAGCUAUUCAUGAGUCUAUCGAUUUUCGGAUGCCAGCAGAACUUCGUCCAGAGAUAUUGCAGCAUGAGUAGCCAGAGAAAAGUGACCAAAACAAUGAUGGCGAACAUUCCGGUGAUAACAGUUCUCUUCUCCUUGUCCUGGGUAGUUGGAAUGGUUAUCUUUGCGAGCUACGCGGACUGCGACCCGCUGACACGUGGCUACAUAACAAAAUUCGACGAAAUCUUGCCUUUCUAUGUCGAAGACAAGUUCGUAUACCUUCCCGGUCUACUAGGACUCGUCAUGGCGACGCUGUUCAAUAGUGCCCUUAGCCUGGCAGUAUCAAACCUCAACUCCCUGGCAACGGUCACCUGGGAAGAUUUCUUUAGCCAGAUACCCGCACUGAGCAACCUCAAAGACACUCAGCAGUUGAACAUUAUCAAGUUCUUGAGCAUACUUUACGGUUUCGUGAUUAUGGGGGUCAGCUUCCUCGUGGGAAUGCUCUCAGGCGUGAUCGAAUCGUCGAUGCUGAUGACAUCGGCGACCUCCGGGCCACUCUUAGGAGUUUUCAUCCUCGCCAUGUUAGUCCCAUGUGCUAACUGGAAGGGUGCCGCAGCCGGAAUGAUCUCCAGCCACGUGAUCACGCUCUGGAUAACUUUUGGUAGUCUGACAGUUACCAAGACAGUCGAGAUGCUUCCGCUUUCCGUCGAGGGAUGCCACAACAACAGCUUCUCCGAUCACAUCAUGAGGCCUGGUGCUAUUUUGAACCUCAUUCCGCAAGAAGUUAGCACGACUCCCGCCGCGACUACCGUCGCAACGAUCGGGGAAUUCGCGUCAGAGCCGUUGGAUGGGUUGACUUACUUGUACAGCAUAACCUACAUGUACUACGCCUUCGUCGGUAGCUUCAUUACGGUGUUUGUUGGAACAGUCGUGAGCCUUCUUACCGCCGACGACGAAGCCGACAGAUAUGAGGAGCACUUGCUUCAUCCCCUGGCGGUGAAAUUCUCGAGAAUGCUUCCUGGCCGAAAGAGGCUUUAUGCCAGCACCUCGAGACUUGGGGGCUGCAGCCAGGCGACGUCCAAUGAAGCGGUGCAGGAACGAACGGGAAAACUGGGGCCCAAUGAGUCGCUCGAUGCUAACGGAAAGCCAGAACUGGACGUUGGUUACGUUAAAAAAUUGAAUGCCCUUAAGGGUUUAUCGUUGGACGUGACAAACGAAGUAUCAAAAAGCACGAAGCUGUAGAGUUGAGAGUCUGAGAGUAGCAAGUCGAGAGUGCAGAAGUGCUCUACGCUUCUUCAACCCGCUUUGAACGGACGUGAGAAAAGCAGGUCUUUGUAU